AUGGCUCGUUUCACUGGAAAAGUUGCUAUUAUCACUGGUAUUCAAUUGAUGACUGUUCGUUGUGAUUUCAUUCGUUUUAGGAUCCUCCAAUGGAAUCGGAAGAGCAGCCGCUGUGCUUUUCGCCAAGGAAGGCGCACAGGUGACCAUCACCGGAAGACAUGCGCAACGUCUCGAAGAGACCCGCCAACAGGUUCUCGCAGCCGGAGUCGCCGAGCAAAAUGUGAAUUCGGUGAUCGCCGACGUGACCACCGAGGCCGGACAGGAUGCGAUCGUCAGCAGCACGCUGGCCAAGUUCGGAAAGGUUGACAUUCUGGUGAACAAUGCCGGAGCCGCCAUCCCGGAUGCUCAGGGAAAAACUGGAACCGCCCAGGGAAUCGAGAACUACGACGCCACGCUGAACCUGAACUUGAGAAGUGUUGUUGGGCUGACCAAGAAGCUCGUGCCUCAUUUAACGAAGACCAAGGGUGAGAUUGUGAACAUCUCGAGCAUUGCGUCUGGGCCCAGAUCUGUAAGUGCAUUGAAGUUGUCUAACAACAUUACAAAGAUGGUUUUUCAGACUCCAGAAUUCCCGUACUAUUCCAUCGCAAAAGCGGCGCUGGAUCAGUACACGCGCAACACCGCCAUCGACCUCAUCCAACACGGAAUCCGCGUCAACUCGAUCAGUCCGGGACUCGUCGCCACCGGAUUCGGGUCGGCGAUGGGCAUGUCGGAUGAGGUUUCCAAGAAGUUCUACUCGACAACGGCGACGAAGAAGGAGUGCGUGCCGGCCGGAUUCAUGGGACAGCCGCAGGAUAUCGCCGAGGCGAUCGCCUUCCUCGCCGACAGAAAGAGCUCCGCUUACAUUAUCGGUCACCAGUUGGUCGUGGAUGGUGGAAGCUCGCUCAUCAUGGGACUCCACACCCAGGACUUUUCCAAAUUGAUUGAGUAG